AUGACGGUCAUGUUCAUCUUUCCUUCUUUCUAUCUCUCCACACCCCUAUACCAAGCCCUCAGUACCCUCCACACCCCUAUACCAAGCCCUCAGUACCCUCCACACCCCUAUGCCAAGCCCUCAGUACCCUCCACACCCCUAUACCAAGCCCUCAGUACCCUCCACACCCCUAUGCCAAGCCCUCAGUACCCUCCACACCCCUAUACCAAGCCCUCAGUACCCUCCACACCCCUAUGCCAAGCCCUCAGUACCCUCCACACCCCUAUACCAAGCCCUCAGUACCCUCCACACCCCUAUGCCAAGCCCUCAGUACCCUCCACACCCCUAUACCAAGCCCUCAGUACCCUCCACACCCCUAUACCAAGCCCUCAGUACCCUCCACACCCCUAUACCAAGCCCCUCAGUACCCUCCACACCCCUAUGCCAAGCCCUCAUUACUCUCCACACCCCUUUGCCAAGCCCUCAGUACCCUCCACACCCCUUUGCCAAGCCCUCAGUACCCUCCACACCCCUUUUGCCAAGCCCUCAGUACCCUCCAGACCUGCAAUGCCAAGCUCUCAGUUCCCCCCACCCCCCACAGUGCAGAGAUGGGAGGCUGACUCUCUCCCUGGAAAAGUGUUGAGUGGCACAAAGGUGGAGAGGCAGGUUGGAGGCCUGGAUGUAACCUGGUCCAUCAUAUUGUCCAUCUGCUCUACAAAGCCUGUGGUAUGUGGCAGCAUACCAAGGCAACCUCCUCAUGGGUUAGAAUAG